AUGCGCUUCUCAACUAGUCUGGUGUUGCGCCCAAAGCUCCACGGUUGGAGCUCGAGUAUCAAAGAGUUAAUUUCUAAAGGAAAAUGGCAAGAUGGGAUUUACCAUUUUUAUGAAAUGAAGCAUGCUGAAGUUGAACAAACAGACCCUUCACUGUUUCCUCUCCUUUUUAAGGCUUGCUCAAAUAUCUCCUGUGUCCAUGGAAGAUCCCUUCAUGCCUGUUUGAUCAAGCAAGGCUUUGAAUCAUUGACUUCCAUUGGUAAUGCCCUUAUGGACUUCUACAUGAAGGGUAGAUUCAUAGAUUCUGCAAUGACUGUGUUUGACUGCAUGAGUAGUAAAGACUCGGUUACUUGGAAUAUAAUGAUUCAUGGGCACCUUGAUCGGGGUGGUCUAGGAGAAGGAUUAUGGUGGUUUUAUAAAGCAAGGAUUGCCGGGUUUGAACCCAAUACUUCCAUUUUGGUGCUUGUAAUUCAAGCUUGUCGUACCCUUGGAGCUUACUGUGAAGGACAAGAAGUUCAUGGCUAUGUCGUUCGAACUGGGUUUCAGGCUAUUCAUUCAGUCCAAAAUUCUCUGUUGAGAAUGUAUGUAGAUGUCGAUGUUGACCGUGCACAAAGAUUGUUCGAUGAAAUGUCUGAGAAAGAUGUUAUUUCGUGGAGUGUGAUGAUUGGGGGUUAUAUACAAAGUGAGGAAGCCUCUUCUGGCCUGCAAUUGUUUCAGAAAAUGAUUUCAGGUGCAGGGAUCGAACCGGAUGGCAUAACUGCGGUUUGUGUUCUUAAAGGUUGCACAAAUUUGAGGGACUUGAUUAUGGGAAGAAUUGUCCACGCAUCGGUAGUUUGUAGAGGUUUAGAUUCUGAUUUAUUUGUUGGAAACUCUUUGAUUGAUAUGUAUUGCAAGUGCGAAAAUACUGAUUCUGCAUUCAAAGUUUUCAAUGAGAUGCCUCGAAAGAACGACGUCUCAUGGAAUUCUAUGUUAUCUGGGUUUGUGCUAAAUGUGAAGUAUUCAGAAGCACUCUCACUGAUUUAUUCAAUGGGGAAGGAAGAUAAUGAAGUAGAUGAGAUAUCUCUCGUGAAUAUUCUUCAGGUGUGCAAGUAUUUUGUUCACCCGAUCGGGUGCAAGUCAGUUCACUGUAUAAUACUUCGACUGGCAUAUGAAUCGAAUGAAGUACUAUUUAAUUCUCUUGUUGACGCUUAUGCAAACUGUUAUCUUAUCGAGCAUGCUUGGGAACUUUUUAGUGCCAUGAAGAGAAGGGAUGUGGUUUCAUGGAGCACAAUGAUUGCUGGGUUCACCCAUUGUGGUAUGCCUGCUGAAGCAAUUUCCGUCUUCCACGCGAUGAACCAGACACAACAGAAGCCUAAUGCAGUUACCAUCAUAAAUCUGCUUGAAGCUUGCUCAGUUAUGGCUGAAGUAAAGAGGUCGAAGUGGGCUCAUGGAAUUGCGAUUCGCAGAGGCUUGGGAGGAGAAGUAACUGUGGGGACUGCAAUCGUGGAUACGUACUCAAAAUGUGGAGCCAUAGAAGCCUCAAGGAAGGCUUUUGAUCAAAUUUCCCAGAAAAACAUUGUCUCAUGGAGUGCCAUGGUAUCAGCUUAUGGCAUGAAUGGCCUUUCACAAGAAGCAUUGUCCUUGAUCACUGAAAUGAAAUCACAAGGCUUGAAUCCCAACUCAGUGACAACUCUCUCAGUUCUAUCAGCAUGUAGCCACGGCGGGUUACUCAAAGAGGGGCUUUCCUUCUUCAAAUCAAUGGUUCAAGAUCACGGAAUUGAGCCGGAGUUGGAACAUUAUUCUUGCAUAGUCGACAUGCUCGCUCGGGCAGGAAAACUCGACAUGGCCUUGGAUUUCAUCAACAAUAUGCCUAAAACUUUGAAUGCUGGAGCAAGCUCAUGGGGGGCAAUCUUGAGUGCAUGUAGAAUCUAUGGAAACAGAGAGCUCGGAGACGGAGCUGCUGCUCACAUUCUUGAAAUGGAGCCUCUGAACUCAGCUGGGUAUUUGCUGGCUUCAAGCAUGUAUGCAGCUGGGGGAUUGUGGGCUGAUGCUGCUAGAAUGAGAUGGCUGGCAAAGGAAAGAGGUGUAAGGGUUACUGGGGGUUAUAGUUUGGUGCAUGUCGAUAACAAGGCAUGUAAAUUUGUUGCUGGAGAUAAGUCUCAUCCACAGGCUAGUGAGAUUAACACUUUAGUUGAGGAGUUGCAUAGUUGUUUGAAGAUUGAUGAGAGGGAUAUAUUCUUGUGUAGCUAUAUAUAAAUUUACAGUUAAAUUUGUUUAUAAAUAGCAAGUAUUUGUGCCUGUCAAUCGGGCCCAAAAUUUUUUCAAA